AUGCUACCAUCAUCAAGUAAACCAGAUAUUCAACUUCAAGUUUAUUUUCUUGGUUGUGAUUCAGAUUCUAUAAUUCAUGCAUCAAAAGAUAAAUCAAUUAUGGAUCAUUUAUGUCGUUCAGCAACAUAUAAAACUCAAAAAUUUGAAAAAAUAUAUAAAAGAAAAGAAGCAAAUCGUGUCACUGAUAUUGAUCAACUUUCUUUAUUAGACAAUUCUAUUUCAUUUCCAUCAAAAAAUACUACAAGGCAUAUAUCAAUAGAAAUUACCAAAAAUGAAAAUCCUAAACUAUCAAUACCAAUUGUUAAAUCUAAGACAAGUACACAAUCAUCAUCAUUGAUUGAAGCUAAAAUAGACACAACAAUUCUUAUUCCUCAAGCACCACCAUUACCAAAUUCGUUCGAUUUAGCUAUUAAAUCACAAUCAAAAUCAUUUAAAACAGUAGCUAUUUCACCCGACCAAGAAACCUUAUGGUCAAAAGUAAGACAUUUAUUUUUAGCUUCGCUAUUAAGAAAUUACUUCGAGUAUUUACCAACGAUAUUGACAUGA